ACCUGCCCAUGUGACCUAGGAGUGUCAUGUGACUCAUUCACUGGACAUUGCCAGCAAGGUCCCCAAGCAAAUGCAGGAAGUUUCUGGACGGAUUUCUCUAUCAGUGAGAUGGCUGCCAUCGCACUUGGAGCAGCACUUAUCGUCGUCAUGGUGAUAGGUGGCGCUCUACUCAUUCGAUCCUGCUGCAAACAUCGAUCUUCUCAAAUGUUAACAUUGACCCGCCUUCCGUCUGAUGAACCGUGUAGAUACACUGUUGAUUCCGACCACGUGCCUGCCGCCACGGCUGUCACAGCUACGAAGCGUCACUCAGCCGUGUUCCUGACCUCUGAUGGAGAUGCUAGCAUAUAUUGGAACCAGAGGGCAAGUCAUUUCGAACGACAGCUUCCAACCAUCCCCGGAGAGGGACGUCUUCUUCGACCAGCCAGCGCGCAACCUCUGAUGAGGAAACAUUACGAACGGCGCUCCCUGCGGACUGAACGCGCUCCACGUUGCGUGUCGGUGGCGUGCGGAGAGAAACUAGAAUACCAUCGAGAGACCACACCCGACAAGACAAAAUUACCAGUUCGACCUCCAAAUGUCGGGAGAUUGAGCGGCAGUGAGGGGAAUUUAUGUUUGCCAAUGCGGCAAGAGAAUUACGGAUGUACAGCUAGUGCAAGCAUCCCAGACUACAGUAGACACAGUCGUGUCGCUAAGAGAAACGGCAACUAUGAUCACCUGACAAGACCUGUCAGUUGGGUCUCGCGUUGUUCACGUGAUUCAUCACCUGAGCCAUCACCUGAUGGUUAUCAUCGCCUCGAAACUCCGCCAACAUUACGUGUGAAGCGAGGAGACACAAACAAGGACAGACCGGGGUCGUCGUCCAACGAUCUCGACUUCCAUUCUCUUCAUGAAUACGAUCAUGCACCGAAGCUGCCGCCGAUGAAGAGAGGGCACUUGGAGAAGACGGACAGCGCACCGCUGACUGAGAAUAAUUACGAGGAGCCACUCAAAGUAUUGCGAGAAUCUAAGCGCGAGAGUCUAGAGCGUGAUGACGACGGUAGAAAGAGGACAAGAGAGAUUGAAUCUGAAUUCCGAAGAAAAGACUCCGAGACGUCGGGUGAAAAUAUGUACGAAGUUUUGACUGCACCAUGAAGGAUCCAAUCAGAGUGUUAUUCCCGGUGCACACGAGGCGUCAGUGCGAUUGCGCCAUUACCUGCGCUGCUCAAGCCAUUGAAGAAAAUCAACCGUACGACAGUAAUUCAAAGCAGUAUUGCACUUUUCAAUUCACUUGUUGCGCGAUUUCACUCCACUCGCACAUGACGUGUCAAAGACCGUCUUGGUAACAGACCUGGGACCGUCAAAGACCGUCUUGGUAACGGACCUGGGACCGUCAAAGACCGUCUUGGUAACGGACCUGGGACCGUCAAAGACCGUCUUGGUAACGGACCUGGAACCGUCAAAGACCGUCUCGGUAACGGACCUGGGACCUCCAAAGACCGUCUCGGUAACGGACCUGGGACCGUCAAAGACCGUCCUGGAAACAGACUUGGGACCGUCAAAGACCGUCUUGGUAACGGACCUGGGACCGUCAAAGGCCGUCUUGGUAACGGACCUGGGACCGUCAAAGACCGUCUCGGUAAUGGACCUGGGACCAUCAAAGGCCGUCUUGGUAAGGGACCUGGGACCCAGUCCUAGGUCGAUGAAAUGACACUUCGUGUACAAUGGCAUUACACGAUCCUUAUCGGCUAUCACCACAGUAUUACAUAAAAGCCUUUGCCCUGUUAUUGAAUCUUAUGUUACCAAAUAGAUCUUAUAAUAUGUAACUAAUUUUGUACAUAUAAAAAGGUCAGCAAUUUAUGUUGAACACAAAAGUGUAGAUGUUGAGAUUCGACAUCCGAUUGUUUUGACGAGAUCACUGAUUAAUCAUCCAAGUACCAUACGUUUCAGUUUCUCGUAAUCGUUCAUUUAUUGUCCCGCUACAAGUUCAUGCUGAAAUACACCACACGAUCAACAUGAAUCAAUCAUUGUUUGGUUAACAGUUUGUAUAGUUUCAAAUAGUUCGGUUGAUAAUGAAUAGAAUUACUUCAAUUAGUCUAGAUGUUUAGAAGAUGACCAACUACAAUUAAUAUAAAAUAUUUAUAUAAUAUUUCAAAAGGGGUACAGUUCGUUCUUAUGAAAUUUGGUGUACAUUGUACCCCCCCCCCCCC